UAAAAAAAAUGUAAACAAUUUUUUUCAAAGUUUUUUGAAAAUUUGAAUUUUUCAAAUUUGAAUUUCUGAAUUUUUCUUAAAAUUACUGAAAUAAUUAGUGUUUUGUAAUGUUAAAAACACUAUUUAAAACUCUGUGAGAUUUCCUAGUGGCCAUUACUCAAAUAGCAGUUCUUCUCCGAGCACAGAAAUGAACUUUUCAAGCAAGAUUUAAUAGUUUCUUCAUCGUCAUUCCUUUCGUAUCCAACGCUAUCAAAUGAAAAACUCCAUUUUACGAACAAGAUCGAACAUCAGCGAUCACAGCCCUUCGAGUAGUGACGAUGACACCGAUGAAGACGAAGAUGAAAUAUACGAAAAAGAGCUCAAAUCGAGAAAGAAAUCCUUAAAAAUCAGAAAUUUACCAGAACGCAAAUCAAAUGAAAAUAAUUUACACUCCGCAACCGAUAAAGAUUCCAGUAAACUGAACAAAUCACUGUCUUCAUAUCCGAGAGCUUGCGAAUUCUGCGGUAAAAUAUGCGCUUACCGGCAAGUAUUUUUUGCUCAUCGAAAGAAAUGCAACUCUCAUACCAAUUAUUCAGAUUUACUAGUUACGAAAUCUACCAUUAUUAGAGAAUACAUUUGUUACCAUUGCAACAAACACUUCAAUAGAAAGUUCAAUUUACAAAAACACCUCGAAAGUGGCGUAUGCGUCAAACGCAAAUCAGACUGUUGUAACGAUACGUCGAAACCUCACGAUCAUUCGGAAGAUCUGUCAACGACCAUUGAAAACGAUGAAAACAAAGAAUACAGUUGUCAAAACUGCGGUAAAAUCUUCAGAAAAAAAUGUAACUUACAAAGACACGUAAAUCGUUCGGUUUGUUCGGAUAAAGAUGCGGUGAAAAGAUGCAAAUUGAAAUGUUGGGAGAACGAAUGCUCGGCUUUAUUUUACAAACAAAUCGAUCUCGUGCAGCAUUUACGUGAACAUCAUGGCCGCACCUUGGGCAUCGAAAGACUCGAGUUCCCAGAUCUCGAAGCUUUUGAGAAAUGGAAAAACGAAGAAAACAGUAUCAAAUUCAUGAACGCCAGAAAGCUAACCGGCUCUAAGCGUUCUUCCAGGGGUUUAAGUUACUACUACGUUUGUCAAUUUUAUCGCAAAAACGAGACCGAAAGCACGAAACGGAAAACUAAUCGGCGUAAAUCCGUCGGUAUCGUUCCGAAUACCAAAUGCCCGAGUAGGAUCUUAGUCAAAGAAUGCGGAUCCAAGAUACAUGUUACGUAUAUUUCCAGUCACAAUCACGACUUAUACGAUCCGCUUGAAAAGAAACCUCUGUCGAUGUCGAUGAUAUCGUUAGUUAAAAAACGUCACGUUUCCGGGAUGAAAUUCAAAGACGAAUGUGUGCGAGCGAAAUUGAACGAUGGAGCUGCUUGGGAGAUCAGCUGCGGCAAUGAUGAUAAACUUAGAAAAUACGUUGUUCGUCGAGUCAACGAAACGUGUUUAAUGAACGACUGCGUAGUUAAAUGUUACGAAGAACAUUGUUGCAAUUUAUGCGAACAUUUAUACAAGUGUUCGUGUUCGAAGAAAAACAUCUUUUGUAAACAUAUGCAUAAAAUUCAUUCUGUAAUCAAUCGUGGUUUAUUCAUCGUUAACAUUCAACCCGAAAAUUACUCUCCGCCUGAAUCUCCGGCUCCUUCAAUCCAAUACGAUUCCAGUUUCCAACCAGAACCUAGCGAAAAUGAGAAAUUACUUUAUUCCGCUCAAAACAGUCUUGUGAAACUGAAUUCAUUACUAUCAAACGAUACGAGUACGAUCGAACCUUCGUUAUUGAAAUUGUUAGCUAAAAGUUUACAAGAUCUUUGUGACCAGUGCGAUCAAUCUGCCUGUACUUCACUUACGCAGCAGCAACCAGUUCCAAAUGAAAUUAAUCUCAACGCUGCGCAGCACAAGACUCGUAUACAGCGAAGUUUCACCGUUCCCAUCACCGAAACGACCGAUUGCUUGAAACCAAUCCGGCAGCCGUGUAAUAUAAGCCUGUUGUGUUUGAAAUCACUCGAUCCUUAUAUACCAGAGCGAGAAUCGCGUUAUUUAAAAACAUUCGAUUCUGGAUUCUCUGCUGGUUGGUUAUACGACUCCGUAGUGGAUAGUUUCUUGAGCAUAGUUUGUCCUACCGGAACUAAUGUUUACGUCGUCGAUACCAGAGUCAGUCAGUUUAUAUUGAAUGAUCAACGUCCUCCUGAUAUUUGGAACUGGGUAUCGUGGAAUAAUAUCGAUUUACUCGUUGUACCGUGUAAACCAAACAAGAACCACUGGUUAUUGCUUAUAAUUCUAUUAAAGGAACACAGAUUAUACGUGCUGGAUCCGUCUACACCGUUAGAUUCGUUGAACACACUGUACAAAAAGUAUUCCAAUAUCAUCAAUUGUUGGUCGAUCAUUUUGAAGAAUUUUUUCGGUGUUUUUUCUUGUGAUAUUGCCUCGCUUCCGCAUACCGAACAGAAUGAGCCGUGUAAUUGUGGCGUUUUCAUUUGCUGGUAUGCUUAUCAGUAUGUAAAUAAGUUCAAUUUGACUGACGAUUUGAAUACAGACGCGUUCCGUAAAUUUAUUCACGAUACUAUUGUAAAUGGACCGCAAGCCAUGUGAAUUUUUAAGACUGAGUGAUUCGAUUUUCCUCGCUUUUUCAUUUUUUUCUUUCAAACGUGUGAAGUCGUAAAAGGUGCUUCUCAAUGAAUAGAAUUUGCCACCAAGACUUUAAUAUUGUGUAUUAUUCGUAAUUAAUCUUUAUUUUUUUUAAAACCAUUUUUUAUUACUCAUUUCAUCGAAUGUGAAAAAAAAAUAUUUGAAUAAAAUUCAUAAAUUUUU